CGCACAUACGAGCACCAGCUGCAGCGACCCACCGUCCAACACCGACUCGCCGUGAGGACAGAGACCGACCUGACGCGUCCGCCUCGGGGAUGUAAAUGAGACGGCUCGGAGUUGUCAGAGGAUGCAACAGCAAGCGAGCCCACCGUCUGCAUUAGCUAACGAUUGCACACAGCGAAUAGCUCCCAAAUGUAAACCGCACACCACCGAGUCGUGAUUGUUAGUUUAUUACAUAGCAAGAGAGAGGAUUGCAAAAGGGACUGCGCUUAACAUCCUGCAGGACAGCAUGCCUCCUCAAAGUCUUCAAUCCAGCGGACUGACCCUCUCUGAAACAAGCAUAGGUUCCUUUAAGAGGAGGAAGAGGAAAUCCAUAAUAGUGACGGUGUUGCUGCUCAUCGUAUCUGUGCUCAUCCUCAUCUUUGGCCUGGCAGCGACGACCAGGACGCAGAACAUCACAGUGGGCGGCUACUACCCAGGAGUCAUUCUGGGCUUUGGCUCUUUUCUUGGAAUUAUCGGCUCUCAUUUGAUAGAGAACAAGAGGCAGAUGUUAGUGGCGUCUAUCGUCUUCAUCAGUUUCGGAGUGGUGGCAGCCUUCUGCUGUGCGAUUGUCGACGGAGUCUUUGCAGCGAGGCACAUUGACCUCAGGCCUCUGUACGCAGGACGUUGUGAGUACCACUCCAGUGAGUCCUCAUCUGAUCGAGAUGUGCCCUGUCACACAUCAUCACGCUCACCCUGCAACCUGCACGUAAAGAGCAACACCUGCUACUGCUGUGACCUCUACAACUGCGGGAAAGAACAUCCUCUUAUGGGACUUCAGAAUAAAGAUGUUUUGAAAAAGUUUAGGAAAUCAUCCAUGAUUUGGAACUGUUCCCCUCUCUGUCCCACCCACUGGGCUAGCCGAGUAGAGGUGAUUGGAGGCUACCAUGAGUACACGGACGUGGGGAGCUGCCAGGAUGUGGUGCACCUCUACCACCUGUUAUGGUCUGCUACCAUCCUCAACAUCGUGGCCCUCUUCCUGGGCAUCAUUACUGCUGCAGUGCUGGGAGGCUUCAAAGACAUGACUCCCUCUGCUGCCUUAGAGAGCUCAUCUGAACCAGAGGCCAUGACAGCUCCUGUCCCAUCUGAGCCUCCUCGACCCACCACCUCCAUCAACUCCUAUUACAACACUGCCCCCUGCCUGCCACCGUACACUGCCUAUGACAUGCAGGGCACCUAUUUGUUCCCUGACUCUUCAGGUCUGUCAGAUGACUCCCAGUCUGGAACCAGCCACCUGUGGCCCACUAUGAUCCCUCCACGCUACUCGCCUCCCCACAACCAUCCUGAUGAGAAGCCCCCGCCGUACAGCCCCUAACACGGCAACUAACACAGAGGGCACGUCACACUUAGCAGGAGGUUUGAGAUCAAAUAGUCUGAAUGCACAAUUCCUCUGGGCUCUUCCUCACAGCCGCCGAGGACUGAGUUGAAACACGAGUGGUGUUUAGGAGAAGGAGAAUGGACACGCAGCACGCUAACGUUGACUUUAAUCCAAAACAAAACACAACAGUGUGUGCUUGUCUGAGCACUAAGUACACUCACGCAUGCACGUUGUGUACGUGUGUGUGUGCAUAAACACAUCAAGAGAGAGGGAGACAGCAGGUUCAAAGCCAGGACUUUAUUCACAUCUGUCUGCCUUAAUGCAAAAUGGACUUCCAGUGCUGCAGUUCUAUGUCAGCUGGACUUAAAGGUGAACAACUCUCCUGCAGCUCAUGCUUUUUGUUAACCUAUCUUUAGUUCUUAAUGUAAUGUGAAUGCUUCUCUUCUGCGGGCGAGACAGGCGAUAAUAUCCUCUCUGUUUCUCCUCCAGGAUCUAGACUCAUUAGCAGCGCUGCGAACCUUUAAGAGAGUCAGCUUCAAGCUUUCUUAAUCUGAGUCAGUCAGGAAAAUCAAACAUUGUAGAGCUGUAGGCCCAACAAUUGUUUCUUUAGCGGUUAAUGAUGUCGAUGUGCAUUACGAGCAGACGAGGUUAGCAGUAUUGGAGCUACUUCAUGCUAAUGAUGUAUGUACAGCAGUAUGAUAUAAUACAGAUGCUCUUUCAACAGAUAGGCUUAUGGUAUACAUCAGAUGAUUAUGAUAUCUAUUUAGCAACUCUUAAGUUUAACGUCAGACAUAUCUCGAUUAGUGUACACUGUAUGGGGAACUUUGCAGCGCAGUGUUUAUGAAGAAAUAACUUAUUCAGCAGUAGAAGUAAAAUCAGGAUGGCUAGCAGUUACUCUAGAAACCGUAUUUAUUGUAUUUUCACUAAAGGCUGCAAUGCAGGUAAACAUAUACAGUCUCUGUCUCUUUGUAAGUACAGAUAAUAUUACAUUUAAACGCCAAAAUGUGUUGUUACUAGUAAGGCUGAUUGUGAACAGUCAGUGCUGGAUUCACUGACCCGAGGUAGAGACUCAAGACUUCAAAAAAUAAGAACUCACAGAGGAUAAUCGUGUAAAUGAAAGUGGUCUUCCUCAGCUUUUAUCACUGCUUUUUAUAAUUUAAAGAACACAUUCUCAGGGGCUGAUUAUCAGUUCCUUUUUGUCUUGCCAUUAAAAAUGUUUUGUGUAAUUUCAAAUGGUGUUUGAUCCUUCGUGUUGAGCAACAAGUGUAGCUCUAAUGAUGGCGGUGUCCAUUUGCUCACCACAUUUUCAACAGGUGGAUGAAUAAAGAUGAUACUUUGAAUAGA